UCCUCUAUAUUGGAUUGUAGGUUUGAUUGUUACCUUGCUAACCUUGCUAACGGCUGUACUGAUGGUUAUCAGGAGGAUGAUGAAGAAGCAGCAGAUGGUUGUUACAACGCCACAAGAACCUGCAGGAGAGAGUGGAGCAGCUGAUCAAGUCUAUCAAUCCCUUCAGCCUGUUACAAUGGAUGAACACCAGGUCUAAAGCAAGAUCAGACCAACCAACAAGCUCUGAGUGCGGUGCAGAUGAAGACUGUCAACAUAAAUAAACAUGUCGGGGAAAAUGUGACCAUCAGAUGCUCAGGCUGGAACGUUUUGUGGAAUGUAAAUGACAAUGUAAAGUACCUUUGUUCAAGUCCUUGUACAGAAGACAAACACAUUAUCAUCAAAGCAGGACAUGAAAAGAUCAACCGUAAAGGAUCGAAUUGAGUUAUUCAACAAGGGAGAUGUUUUAUUAGUGACCUUCACUGAUCUUCAAAAGUCAGACGCUGGAAAAUAUUAUUGUGGAGUGGAGAGAUUUGGGAAAGAUGCAUACAUAGAGGUGAAUGUUAAAGUCAUGGAUGCUGAGCCUUCCAGUCCCAUUAAGACUCCAAUAACAGUCACUGUUACUGUAACAACAACCAGCCCUGUUACAUCUCCACAUGUCUCUGAUGGUUUUACUGACAUGUCUACAACAAACCAAACCUUUAAUACCACAACACUGCCUGCAUCAGACACACAAGGAGCUGGAAAUGUUCUACAUCUGAUGAUCGCUGUCAUUUCCAUAUCAACACUUCUGAUGGUCAUUCUGCUUCUGAUAAGAAAGAUGAAAAACAAGAAACGGAAUGUUGUGUCAAGUGCUCAUGUGCCACAGGAAGAUGUACAGGAGGAUGUUGAAUCUGAUGACAUCCGACUUGAAGAUCAGCAACCAGUGAGCCGACAUGAAAGGUCGUCGACCCUCUACUCCUCUGCAGAUCCAGACAGCAUCUACAUGAAUUCCUCCAACCACCAAGACAUCGAAUCAGCAGCUCAGGGUGACAACGACGUUCCUCUAAAUCAAGCCUCCUUCUCCGGGGUCCAUUCAAGAGCAGCAUUUAACAGAGCAGUCACAGAUCAACAAUUGAACAAUUUAUACUCUGUUGUUCAAAAACCCGAACACAGUAUCAAUCCCAUUAGGAAACCUAAUCAAUCCGGAAGCAACGACGAUGACUCUUUUUAUUCUCUGGCUCAGCUAACAACUUAAAUCUGAUUAAGAUUUAAGAUCUGAUGAAUGUAAUAAUACAUCACGAUACAAUAAAAAUCAAAUCUUUUUAGGUCGGGUACAAUCACUUCUAUCUGAACCACUUCUCUUGCCCGCUUCCAUCGCUGCAACACCUGUUGGUUUGACCUGAUAACUGCUCUCAUAUCUGGCAAACCGAGGGGCGUCCAAAACGGCCGUGUAGGGGUGCCUUAAAACCGCCUACCUUCUCUGGUCCAAACAAAUCCAGAGCAUUUAGGACCAGAAUCUAAAGUUAGAAGGAGGACAUAUUGGCUGCUGCAUUGUUGUCAGAGAUGCCAGCACUGCUGUUGUAAAUUAGUUGUGUAAGAGCGUUUCUAUUGGAGGACACUGCUGCUGUGAAAUCUGUGAACAAAUCAGUGACCCUGCUGGUAAUGAAAGUGUGCAUAGCAAUCCUGAGGAAAUGUUAGAGAUGUUGUAUGAAACUUAAAUACAUACAGACAUGUCACACAUACUUUUUCUAUCUAUGCUUACUUCCUGUAUUUAAUGGUUUGUGGGUGAGGUUGCUUUCGCUUCUGCUUUCACACAUUACACACGCACACACGCACGCACACACACACACAUACACACACACACUUACAGGAAUGCUAUAAGUGAGUCAUGCUUUUGUUGAGGUCAUAUGGACAAUGAGGCAGCCUACCAGCUGAAGUACUUAAAACAGCAAUGAAGAAGCAAUUGAACAAAAUUGAAUCCCUCAGAGGAAGACUCACUUCCCCAAAGUGCCACAACUGUUGAACUUUCGUCAUUUCACAACUCACACUGGCUGGCUAAUCUAAAUAAAUCGCUUUUUCUUUGAAGCAGUUUGGCAUUCAUUUAAAGGUUUUUGUUUAGUAUACAUGUGAAACUGUUCCUUUAGAUGUGAUGAAAUGUUUGAUUUGCAUUGUACAUUUAUUAAACUAAGAGUUUUAUA